AUGUCUCUGAAAAUGUUUCAAAUUCUGGUGCCUGCUCUGCUGUUUACAGCUUCCAUUUCAGGUGUCCUCGGAGCACCAUUUCUGACAGAAGAAUCCGCAAAUCAAUUUAUACGACUUAAACGACAAAUACCAUAUUCUCUGAACUACUGGGACCCAAGCAGCGGCCAGAAUGCAUGGGGAUACACUGUGGCUGAGCAGGUUAGUGAAUCAUGGACAUCUUUGAGAAACACAGCACAAUACUACAUGGAUUUGGGAUCUUUUGCUUUUGAUCCUUCUAUUGCCAGAGAAAACAUCAGAUCUUACAUGGAUAUGCUGCAGCAGUCUGGGACUCACCUCCAGCAACAGACAAGGAUGAGCAAUUAA